CCUCUCUCAAAGCUUCAAGGUUUCUGGCUAUGGAGAACAUCAAGACAGCACCCACCAAGCUGAAGAACAAGGCCAUGGAGGUGGCCAUGAGAAUCAAAAAGCUUGGACAAGAUGAUCCAAGAAGAAUUAUUCACUCCAUCAAAGUUGGAGUGGCUCUCACUUUGGUCUCCUUGUUCUACUAUUGGAGGCCUCUCUAUGAUGGCUUUGGGGCAUCUGGAAUUUGGGCAGUUAUCACAGUUGUGGUCAUCUUUGAAUUCACUGUAGGUGCUACCCUUAGUAAAGGUCUGAAUAGAGGUUUGGGAACUUUGUUGGCUGGUGCUUUGGGAGUGGGAGUUGACCAUUUAGCCAAUCUCUCUGGACACAAGGGAGAGCCCAUUGUUUUGGGCAUCUUUGUUUUUCUAAUAGCUGCAGCAGCAACAUUCUCAAGGUUCUUCCCAGGGAUCAAAGCAAGAUAUGACUAUGGAGUGCUGAUAUUCAUACUGACUUUCAGUAUGGUUUCGGUUUCGGGGUAUCGGGUCGACGAGUUCGUGACGAUGGCUCAACAGAGACUGUCCACUAUUCUUGCUGGUGGAGCAAUCUGCAUCAUGAUCUCCAUCUUAAUUUGCCCAGUUUGGGCUGGCGAAACUCUUCACAACUCGGUUGCUUCCAAUAUAGACAAGUUGGCCAAUUACCUUGAAGGAUUUGGUGGGGAAUAUUUUCACUGUUUUGAAGAUGAAGAUCAGCAAGUUACUGCCAAGGAAAAAGACAAGUCAUUCCUUCAAGGAUACAAAACUGUCCUUAAUUCUAAAAGCAUGGAAGAUUCCAUGGCAAAUUUUGCAAGAUGGGAGCCAAGACAUGGCAACUUUAACUUUCGCCACCCAUGGAAACAAUACUUGAAAAUUGGAUCUUUCGCUCGGCAGUGUGCCUACCACAUUGAAGCUCUCAAUUCCCACCUUUCCCCUCGACUUCAAGCCCCAUCCGAAUUCCGAAGAAUGAUUGAAGCUCCAUGCAAGGCCCUGAGUUCAGAAUCAGGAAAGGCCUUGAAAGCAUUGGCCACAGCGAUGAAGACGAUGGCCGAUCCAUCGUCUUCGUCCCAUCGACAUCUAAACGCCGCUAAAUCUGCCAUCAACGAUCUUAAAGACGCGCUCAAAUCCGCCACUGCACUAAUCUCAAACGAUCCCUCUUCUUCAAAUGAUCUUCUGGCAAUAAUUCCAGACGCAACCGUGGCUUGCAAAUUGAUCGAGAUCGUUAAAUCUGUGGAGAAUUUGUCUGAGUCAGUGGGCGAACUUUCUGUGAAAGCCCAUUUCAAGAAAGUUGAAGCAACUGUUUCGCCAGAGAAGCCUCAGUUGCUUCAUAAAGGAACCAUAAAACCAGUUGCAGAAGUAGAAGAGGAACUGCCCCAUGUUGUUAUUACAGUGGAAGAUUGUUCUCCAGAAAAAGAGGGUUCUUCAGGCACCAAAUCGUUGCCAACAUGAAGAUGGAUUUGUAAAUAACAAAGGGUUUUAAUGGGGGUUUUGGUUUUUGAUUCAAUCUUUGUUUUGUUGAGAUUGAGAAUUUGUUUGUAGGGAAAAAAAAACCUUUGGAGGUGAAGUAGGGUUAUUUUUAUUGGGUUGUGUCCUACUUUUACCAAGGAUGGGGUUUUUUUGUUGUUGUAAUCUAAAAAUCUAUGCAUUAUGUUAAUGUAACGAACUGAGUGAUUAUUUGGAUGAAA